CUUGGACAAGUGCGAGAACCACGGAAUCGCCGCCUGGACCUUUCCAGAAUAGUAUGGCGGCAUUCGAAAGAGACUACAGUGUCACAAAGCGACUCUCCCCGGUCAUGUCGACCACCUCUACUCCUGGCCUGACGACGGCUUCGGAAGCAAGCACCCCGAGCGCGUCUUCUGCCACAUCGACCAACUCCAAUGCGGCGGCAAGCCCAUCGCGCACAUUCGCGUUCACCGAGGGAGCGCAUCAUCUCCCUGCAAUCCCAACAUUCCCGCCACUCGUCUCGUCGAGCUCGACGAGCUCACAGCGGCAGGUUGCCUCGUCCUCUCCGCUGACACUGGACGGGCCGUCUCGAGACCCCUCGCAACCAGUAUCCGCCGCUAUGCACAUGCAACGCAAGCGUUCGCGAGAUCAGACGGAGGACGACGGUGAGGACUCAGAGCACCCUGCAAAGGCACUACGGACUGGUCAGGCUCUGGUCCAGCACGCGACUGAGCCCGGUAGACAAUGCACCGGGUGCGACUUCAUUGGAUCCCCGGAGCAUGUCUGGGCCCAUUGCAAGGCCCAUCAACCCAGCGCAGCCUCUGCGCCCAUUCAGCCCCUCCACACGUGCAACUGGUGGGGCUGCGAGUUCACCGGGACCACCAGCCAAGUCGUGUCACACUGGAAAGCCGCCCACCGCCCGGACUACGCUACGGACGUGAAGAUCAGACAGCGCUGGGACAAAAGGCACGUCGUGGACUGCGCGAUUUGCUUGCGCAGGUACGAGGCCGCGCUCGUGGUGUGGGAUAGGCAAGACCGGCCUGAGGACGCGAUGCCCCCGCGUCCGAGACGCCUCAGCCCUCGUAGUCUGGAAGGGCAUGCUACGCGGCGCCAUUGGGUUU